AUUUGAUGCGCACUUGAAUGCAGCACAGGAGUAGGCAGUGAACGUUGCCGUUGUUGUCAUAUUUCCGUGAGGAGAGCAAAGGUUUCAGUCGACUCCCUAAGGUGACAGAGAGCCAGAAUGGCGGAUAGUUCAGUGAUCCCCAUGCCAGCAGGCGAUCUACAGUUGUCUAUGCUUGAGCGAAUCAGCAGAGAAGAGAGAAGAAGAAGAGGUGCAGACCCCCUAAAAUGGGCGUCAGACUUUGUGUCCGAGUAUAGACACAAGACGGUAUCCUUAAUCAAUCCAAGUGGUGCCAAAUUGACGAUAAGAGAUCUGGAAGACACCAUGUACAGUUGGAAAAAUGACGAGGUCAACGGGUGGGGAAAAUUCUACCUUCCUGAGAAAGUAACAAUGGAGGUUAUAGGUGUAGUAGAGGGAACUUCGUGCCCGUGUGACGAGCUUGUUCUGAUGAUCUGCUGCGAGGACGCACAGGUGUAUGCCUACGAUGGAGAGGAAGAGGAGCUGCAUUUGGUGGCUUCAAGUCUGGGUCAGGUACUUCACGUGGGAAUAGAGUAUCCAGCAUCGAAGAGCUAUUACAAAGGAGAGGCCUUCAAAGAUAUGACCGAGGAGGACUGGGCAGAGGUGAGGAAGGGUACUGUGGGGAAGAAGCUGGACGAAGAGCAUCAUCAACUGGUGAUGUCAAAAAAGUCUGAACUCCUGAAGAAUCUCAAAUCCACCCAACACACCACAGAAGUCUGCAGCUGAUGCUUUUUGGUCACUAUAUAAUUUGUUCUGUGGUUCUUUUAAUAACAGCCUAAUCUAGUGUAUCUGUUUUAAUCAAAUAAUGACUCGGUGGUAUUCAGUCUAAGCACGAUCGAUGAUAAAUCAUACAGGCUGAUGACGGGUUGAAGGUAAAACCUGAAUGAAUUAGUGUUGAAUGCAGUUUAUUUAAUGCAUGCAAUAAGGGGUCAAAGUCAAAGGUUUUAAUUUUGAAAAUGAUGUGAGUUAUGUUAUGCUACGGCCUUCACAGGCACCAGAUCUCAAUCCAAUGUGUUAGGGUAGAGUAUCGCAAUAUUUUAUUUAGCAAUACUAUAUUGAUUUUCAAAAACGCAAUUUCGAUUUUAUUUUUUAGUUUACGUUGUAUUUAAACCCCCUACCGCUAGAUGGCUAUGCUGAGA